AUCUCGAUUGUUUUUUUUUCCACGCACGCCGUUCAGUUUUUGUGUGUACCGGUAAAAGACGCCGCCGCCACCGCCGCACUUAACGCGCGCAUUAAUACUUGAUAAUUUUUGUGAAAUAAAAUACGCCUACAAUAAGGUAAUUCGUUCUUGUUUGUUAUUUUUAUUAUUGUGCGUUAUUAUCAUCGUUCGCCGUCCGGAUUCCGCGAUCCGAUGCUUGGACGAGUUAGUGCGUACCAUUUCUCGACGACGGUACGAUAUUGCGGUCGCGCGCCAACGUGAAUCCGGUGCAUUAUUUUAGUGCACGACGACGACGCGUUCUCGUCGCUUGGCGUGCGUGUGUGUUUGAUCGAGUGUGAGUGUGUGUGUGUUUGCGCGCGUGGUUAUCAUCGUCGACGUCGGCCUGCCAACAACGCGGACGCUGCUCGCACAGCUAAUAUUGUCGCCGACGACGACGCCGCCGCCGUUAAAACAGCAUCAACGACGAGUGCCCCGCCGACGUGAUCAACAAACAAGGUUCCCUAUCCUUAUCAUUGGUAUGAUUUGGACGUUUUAGGCACAUUUGUGAAACCCAAACAGUCAAAACGCAAGGAUUAAACAAACGUGUUGGUAGUCCAGUAAUGGACAAACGGAAAAUGAUUACAAAAAGAACACGAAUCGAUACAACUAUAAGAGGUGCUGGAUCCGGCGCUGGAGCAAUUACCAAUGGACCUAUACAAACAAGGCCGUUGGUCGCUUUGUUGGAUGGCAGAGAUUGUUCGAUAGAAAUGCCUAUUCUGAAAGAUGUGGCUACUGUUGCAUUUUGUGAUGCCCAAUCCACUUCUGAAAUCCAUGAAAAGGUAUUAAAUGAAGCCGUUGGUGCCUUAAUGUGGCAUACCAUUGUUCUUACAAAAGAAGAUUUAGAAAAAUUUAAAACGCUCAGAAUUAUUGUACGAAUAGGAAGUGGAGUUGAUAAUAUCGAUGUUAAAGCUGCUGGUGAAUUAGGUAUAGCAGUUUGUAAUGUACCUGGUUAUGGAGUAGAAGAAGUUGCAGACACAACAUUAUGUUUGAUUUUGAACCUUUACCGUAGAACCUAUUGGUUAGCUCAAAUGGUCAGAGAAGGAAAAAAAUUUACUGGGCCAGAACAAGUACGAGAAGCUGCUCAAGGAUGUGCACGUAUUCGAGGAGAUACUUUAGGAAUUGUUGGCUUAGGUCGUAUUGGCUCAGCAGUUGCAUUAAGAGCAAAAGCUUUUGGCUUUAACGUAAUAUUUUAUGAUCCUUACUUACCAGAUGGAAUUGAAAAGUCUUUAGGAUUGACUCGAGUUUAUACACUUCAAGAUUUAUUGUUCCAAUCUGAUUGUGUGUCGUUGCAUUGUACUCUGAAUGAACAUAAUCAUCACCUUAUAAACGAGUUUACCAUUAAACAAAUGAGGCCAGGGGCUUUUCUUGUAAACACAGCUCGAGGUGGUUUAGUUGACGAUGAUGCUCUUGCAACAGCAUUGAAACAAGGACGUAUUAGAGCAGCUGCCUUAGAUGUUCAUGAAAAUGAACCUUUCAAUGUACUUCAAGGACCAUUAAAAGAUUCUCCAAAUUUACUGUGCACUCCACACGCUGCAUUUUAUUCAGACGCUAGUUGUACAGAACUAAGAGAAAUGGCUGCCAGUGAAAUUCGUCGAGCAAUAGUAGGUCGAAUACCUGAAUGUCUUCGUAAUUGCGUCAACAAAGAGUAUUUUCCUGCUCCAACUACCUAUCCACAUCAAGCAGGAGUUUCAAGCGUCGCAUCAGCAGCUGCUGUAGCUGCAGCAGCUGCUGCAGUAGCUAAUCCUGAUGCUAUGAACGGAGGAUAUUAUGCAAGCGCUGGUACAGGAUCUUUGCCAGUACAGCAAGCACAUUCUACUACUGCACAUGAUAAUGUGCCUGGCUCAGGGUCAGCACCACCACCUCCUUCACAACAAGCGCCACCAAGCUCCCAGUCAGCUCCACCUCCUUCAGUUAUGCCACAUUCAUUAUUUGUUAACACCCAGCUUCCAUACACUUCUGGACAAAACGACCGUGACAGCACAAAUAAUGUGAGCCAGAGUAGUCCGUCCCUGACAUAUAGGUCUGCUGUUUGAAAGGCAUUUGUAUUCCCCUACACUCUUUUAUGCUUUACAGAAUUAAAAUAGAAACACAAGUUUGCUCUUAGAACUAAAGUUUUGUUCUAAUAGACUUUUCUUAUGUUGUUUAUAUAAAAAACAACAUUGUGAAUUUAAACCAUUUAUGAUAGGUAUAUUUUAGUAAAAAAAAUAACAGG